AAGGACAUGACAGCAUUGGUGUCUUGACAGGGUAUGGAUAGCUUAUGUUCAUAAUGUUGGAUUCAUACACGGUAUGGACUCUACUUCACAUGCUGCUGCACACUAGCCAGCGUCGUUCAAGGAGAAGCUUUCUACCCUAGUCAUUGCUAAAUUACUAGUGCUACUAUGAUCUCCCAGUCCAGUAGGCAAUUCCUCAUCCGGAUAGCCGGGUAUUGGAAACCUCUUUUCAAAGGCAGGUACCUUAUAGUCACCAACACAGUGAGUUGUGGGGCCAUGCUCGCUGCUGGGGACUUAAUUCAACAAUCAAGAGAAAGAAGGACGAAUCCAGACAGACCUCGCAACUGGACUCGCACAGGUUGUAUGUUUGCUGUGGGAUGCUCAAUGGGUCCGUUCAUGCAUUUUUGGUACGGGUGGUUAGACAAGGUCUUCGUGGGCAACGCGUUGCCUAUUGCAAGCAAGAAAGUUCUGAUCGACCAGCUGGUGGCAUCCCCUACUAUGGGUUUAUGGUAUUUUGUUGGUAUGGGUAUGAUGGAGGGUCAUACUAUGUCAGAGGGAUUGGAAGAAUUCAAGGGGAAAUUCUGGGAGUUCUACAAGGCUGAUUGGUGUGUUUGGCCAGCUGCUCAGAUGAUCAAUUUCUACUUCCUGCCUGCAAAGUUCCGCGUAAUCUACGUGAACAUUAUCACUCUGGGAUGGGACACCUACCUUUCUUACUUGAAACAUCGAGAGUCUGUCCAUGCAGUUGUGGAUGCAAGUGAGGAGCAAGAAGAGAAGACAGUGGAUGAAGGACCUUUGACUCCUGUGAAUCCAUUGGCUGAAGAGCUUUAGCAAGCUCUAGUAGUAUUGCUUACCUGUUAUGAAAUUCUGCGAACAUUUCCUUGUCAGUAGUUUCUUAUCAUUGCGAAAGAGGUGUGUGUGUGUGUGUGUGUGUGUGUGUGUGUGUGUGUGUGUGUGUGUGUGUGUGUGUGUGUGUGUGUGUGUGUGUGUGUGUGUGUGUGUGUGUGUGUGAGAGAGAGAGAGAGAGAGAGAGAGAUUGUAUUUAAUUUAUUUUAAUCAACCCUACAUAAUGUAGGUUAAUGUGCAGUAUAAUGCAACAUUUCAUUCGAAGAAACACUCCUAGUAUUCCCUCUUGAACAGACUGAGAACAGACUAUUAAUUUCUCAUCUCUUUCAUAUGUACUGGUUUGCUUUAUUAUUUAUCAGUGAUUUUGUACUUUAUUUAUCAUUUAUUAAUGUUAUGAUGGGCAACUGUGAUUUAGAAGAUAUUGAUAUUUUUCAAAGAGAUCCAAGAAAUUAUUUUACUAUAAUAACUCCAGUUCACUCUUGUCUUUAACCACACCUACUGAAAUGUUAAUAAUGAAUUGUAUCAUCUUGUAUUAUCUUGUGCAAACUUGCUUGAUACCCUUUGAUUGCCUUAUUACCAAUGAAACACUCAAUGACUUUU